UGAUCAAGGUGCCGUGUGCCAAACUACAACACAGCUGACGAUAGUCUACGGUAGAGCAUCACACGGAGAUUGUGAACUGUUCGACUAUGAUACACAACCCAUUCUUUCUCCAAUAUGACAACCGAACUUAAAACACAACGAAAUCUAAGUGACGGGGAAGAAGAUUACCUAACUUGUGGUAGGUGUCUUAGUGAAUUCCCCCUCCAAAGGAUCACAGCCUUCAUUGAGCAUAAAAAACAAGAGUGUGAUGGACCACUGACUGAGGUAGAAAACAAAAGCAAAGAAAAUGGUUUGCAGUGUGUUUCUUGUCCCAAGGCCUUCAUGACUGCAAUGGGCAUGUUGAAACAUGUCCAAUUCUCACACAAUUUACGUCUUUUCCUGGAAAAAGGUGCCUUUGCUAAAGGUAUACAAAGUACCAACUUUCCUAACAGCCUAUCACCUUUGUCAACUUCUACCUCAGGUUAUGAAGCUCAACCAGAAAAGAGAACCAUCCCAGACAGAAUUGAUGUUGUUGAGAAUUCACAGACAACUACCAAUUCAUCCAGCAGUCCUCAGGAUAAGGCAUCUAGAUUUCCUCCAGCAGUUAACACACAUGACCUUGACAGGUCAAACCAAAUAAAGUUAUCAGUUUCAAAUGAAACUCCAGGUAAUCAAAGAGGGACAAAUUCAUGGAGCACUUCAUCUAGUAAAUCUGUGUUUCAUUCCCCAAACAAGCCAAAAAAUCCUUCUUUAAAUCUUUCUACUAACAGAUCUUUACAUCCUGAUUUUACACAUUCUGUCAACACUGUUUUUAACCAGUCACAGAAAUCAACCAUGCAACAGAUGCAGUCAACUGUUCAGAACCAGGUACAGAAAUCAAUCAUUACACAGAUACAAACCACAGGUUCAAACCAAUCACAGAAAUUAACCCCUACAAAGAUGCAGUCGUCUGGUGUGCGCCAUUUACAGAACAUGAACCAGUCACAGAAAUCAGCUUUGCCACAGAUUCAGUCAACUGGCUUGAACCACUCACAGAAAUCAGUUCUGCCACAGAUGCAAUCAACUGGCAUGAACCAGUCACAGAUAUCAAUCCCACCACAACUGCAGUCAUCUGGAGUGAACCAGUCACAGAAAUCAACCUCACCACAACUGCAGUCGCCUGGAGUGAACCAGUCACAGAAAUCAAUCUCACCACAACUGCAGUCGCCUGGAGUGAACCAGUCACAGAAAUCAACCUCACCACAACUGCAGUCGUCUGGAGUGAACCUGUCAAAGAAAUCAAUGCCUCCACAAUUGCAGUCUUCAAGCAUGAACCAGUCACAGAGCCCUUCUCCACAUUCCAGUUCCUUUAUGCCUAUAACCUCAGAGAAAAUAGACGUCAGACACAGUGCCACAAAACAACCAAUUCUGUACCCAGUUACAUCACAGUCAUCGACCACACUUCCAAAAAUCAACAUUCCUGUGCAACUUCUGAAUACAGAUGGCAGCACUCCUUCUGAUAAAUCAGUGUUGGUGGGUCAAGAUGUGGGUGCAGGCAUGGUUGUCCCCAUUGUUCUUUUGUCUGGUCAAAUUGUGGAUAUGGCAUCUAAAGGCUUUACACCAGCUCAAUGCACACAAGUUUCUAAUGUUACCUCAAAGUCAACAACUAGCAGUACAGUUGUAUCCAGUACUACCUCACAUUCUAAAGUUAGCACACACAUACCCAGCAUCAACCCACAAGUCCCAAGCAUUCAUACACAAGCAGACACUCCUCGCACACCAGUGUCCAGUAGCAGUAAACCAAAUCCCAAACCCCAAUCAGUUAGAUCACUCUUCUCUGACAAUGCUGCUGAGAGGAUGGAAAUAGAAAUGUCUGAUCUAGAGAACCAAAGUGUGUCUGAUGAUGGACAAGAGUGUGUAGAAGAUAACUCCUCCGGAGGAUCAGUCUUGAUGAGGAAUACUACACCGAACAUGAACAGUGAUUUAAGAAUGACAGAUCCAUCUGCUAAUAAGAAUCCAUUAUCUAGUGAUUGCACAGUAGAACAAGUUCCCAGAGAUGAUUUUAGGAAUAUACCUCAGAAGUCUAAUGUGUUGACUACUACCUCUCCUAACAACAGAACCGUGAUAGACAGUUGUAGCCAGACAGAGAAGUCACUGAAAAAUGAGCCAGAAGAGGUUCAGAAACCCAGUGAUGAGGACAGCUGUGGGCGGCAGUACUGUGGAGUGACUGUUAUUCCAGGUACACAUGAAAAUACACGCAAGUGCUGCAGCUCUGUUAUACCAAAGAAGCGAAAACGCCACAUAGAGACAAAACAUAUGUCAUACUCCUGGUCACGAUACAAUAGACGCCGUUUGUAUAGUGGUCUAGACAAAUCACGCAGUGGAGGUACUAUCUACAUUGAUGUUGAAGAUGUUCGAGACGAACCUCCAAGGUCACAGACAAGGACAUAUGACCAAGGGGAUUUAAAGUUGCGAUUAUCUGGUGAGGAUGAAAGUCAUAAAUUAAGUACAACAAGUCAUGGCUCUGUUAUCCUUCAGCCUGGGGCAACAUUUUCAAUCCCUCUGCCCUACAGCACUCUAUCGUCAGGAAAUGCCCCAAGGACAAGCAUUAUCCCAAUUUCAGGAACUGAGACAAGGCACUCCUCUGAACCCACUCAUCCCACAAGCAGCCCAUCCCAGAGUCUUACCCAAACAACUGACCAGAAAUCAUCAUCAGACAUUUCUGAGGAAGUUGGUAACUCAGUGACGUUUGCAGAGAUGACAAAUCAAAAUGCAGAAUCUGAUGUUAAUCUUGAUCCAAACUGUGCUUAUUAUCAGGGAAGGAAAAGGCGAUACCCAACCUCUCGACCCUUCAAGUGUGACCAGUGUGAUAAUGCCUUUAACCAGAGGAUCCAUCUCAAAAAACACAUGAGUAAGCACACAGGUAUCAAGCCAUACAAAUGCCAGCAAUGUGAUUACUCUACUGUGGAGAGGAGUCAUCUAAAGGUGCACAUCCGCAUACAUACAGGUGAGAAGCCGUUUAAGUGUACAUACUGUGAGUAUGCCACUGCCCAGAACAGCACCCUCAAGAUCCAUCUGAAACGUCACCAUGGUGGCCAGUUGUUGGAAUGUCCGACCUGUGCCAAAUCCUUUACUCAAUAUGACACAUACCAAGUCCAUCAGCAGGAACACCAGGGGGACAGUGUUACUGACCCAUGUCAGGGAAACGGUCAAGGUUCCAGUGGUGAGGACAGACAGGAUGAAGGAAGCAGUCCUAUUAAUCUUAAUUCAGGCUUUAUAAUGGGCAUUCCUAAACAGGAAGAACUUGACCCAUCAGACUCUGAAACAUUAAGUAUUGUAUCUAAAGAGUGAGUGGUAGGACAGUGGAAAAGGUGUUGAUUUGCAACAGAAAUUGCAUUUAACACUACAUAAGACUUAUACUGUCUUGCUUUAUGUCCUAUUAACA